CGUAUCUGUGAGCUAGCGUGGCUGAUUCUGGCCACUUGGGUGCUGUCACCGUCGCAAACCUAGCCCAUCCUCUCACUUCUCGUCGUUCCUUACCUUCCGUCCGCUCCUUAUCAGCCGUUCGGCAUUUCCACAUUAAGUUCCGAAGUAUUCCUCCUUCACUAUUAGGGUUGGGCGUCUUCCGAAACACUCUCAGAGCGACCACCCGGUCCUCCAGAGUGUCAGGACGUGUCUGCAAUGGCCGCUGCAGCCCGCUUCCCUCCUGCCCUGGCAUGGCUCUCCUUCGCCCUCAUCACCUUCACCCGCGGCUUCCCUCUGACAUCGCCACCUCCUUUGGCGACCGCCGCUCUCCAGGCGCGAUGGGAUCCCGAAAUCAGCACCGUCAGCAACGGAACCAUCAUCGUGACUAACCCAGACACCGGCAAUGUCACCGCACAGGGCCUUGCCUCUGACGGCAGCGGCCAUGAUUUUAACGCCUCCGCAAUCAUUUGGAUCGUUUAUUGCUUCGUCAUUGGUGUACCACUAGCUUUGCUUGGUAUCAAGAUCCCACGCAUGACAAUUGGAAUUGGUAUUGGUAUUACGGCCACUGCCUGCUUGUGGGCUGCGUUCAUCAACACUGAGCCUGCUGAUUCUCUGUCGGAUUUGGUGGUCACCCUGAUACCAGUAUGCUUGUUCCUUCCUGGGUUCCUGUUCGGCUUCCACCAUUUCGGACAUCUCGCUGGAGUUAUCCUCAUCGUCGUGGCAAGUGGUUUCUCGUGGGGAGUUCGGAUAUGCCUGUUCCGAGAGGACCUCUUAGUCCGCGAAGUGUACGGCGACUGGCUGAUCGGCGCAUCGUUCGCUGUCAUCCAUGUCCUUGUCAUCCCUCACUUCGAGCGUAUCGCAGUCGCUCUUGCCUCGGCGUCCGUAGGAACCUUCUUCAUCGCGUUGGGUAUUGACCUCGCGGUGAAUAAGCAGGAGGGAAUGAGUCUUGGUUUGCGGUUAAUGUGUGAUCGUAACAAACAUCAUUGGGUGGACCUCGUCCUGGAAGGAUGGAAACCACCAACCUCGACCAUCAUCAUCGUUGCUAUUUCCCUGCCUGCCGCUCUGCUCUUCGCCUAUGCUCAGCAUCGGUUGUUCCCCAAGUCCUACAGAAAAGUCCCAGAGGAUGACGAAGAAGAGAUUCCACCAUUGCCUGAGCGCGCAUCCAUCACCGACGAGAAGGAGAAGCCUCCUGUGAGGAUAAGAAUCGCUGUGCAGGAGGCGAGCAGCACCUCUGCCCCAACACCAGUGGAAGGCAGCAUUCACACCGAAAGCGACAUUAAUCUGAUGGAGCGGCGACAGUCACAGUUGACCGACAGCUCAUAUACUCCUUCCUAA